AUGGCCAUGCUGGCAUCCCCGGCACUCCACCGUGAGGCCAAUGCGUCGGGUCAGGAGUCGUCGUCGGUCGAGCCAUACUACUCUUCCAGUUCAAGCUCAACUUCCACCCUCACUAGAGAAGCACACAGAUGCACAUCGCCUCCACCACCACCACCUACCUACACUUCUGGAACAACCCAGACCGAAACUCCACCCGUCGAACACAUCUGGCGCUCGCGCGACAAUCGCAAAGGCCGACAUGCACUGAGAGUCGAUUACAACGCCCCAUCAAAAGGGAUCCCCCUAAUCGCACCCCGACCGACCACGGCCAUCAAGGCUAUCGCGGAGGGCAUCCUCCGCAUGUUCACCACCGCACCUAUCUGGGACGUAUCGUGGCUGGUCGCCUUCACCUUUGUCUUGGGCUCCAUGAUCUGGAUCCUCAAUUCGUUCUUCGUCUGGUUACCCCUCGUGGCUCCGUCCACCGAGUUCGCAGGGGAAGUUUUACAGGCGGGUGGAAUUACCGGCUUCCUCGGCGCGACGGUGUUUGAAUUCGGUAGUGUGCUGCUGUUACUCGAGGCCGUGAAUGAUCAUCAAACCGGUUGUUUCGGAUGGGCUCUGGAGACGGAGCUGAACAGAACUCCACCACAUGUGCCCGGCGACACUACGCCCCCGACAGUCACAAGUCUCAAGCCUCAGAGCGAAAAGUGUACCCAUCACCACGUCAACCGACGGAAUCUCAUCGGAGAGACGGCUCAUUCUCACGCGUCGAAUUGGAUGGAUUUCUCAAACGGGUACACCACAACUUCACCGUCCGGAAGCAGGUCCUUUCGAUGGCUUCCGUCGUGGAACGAGUUGAAAACACACUAUAUCUAUGAAUUAGGCUUUUUGGCCUCGGUCAUCCAGUUCAUCGCGGCGACAAUCUUUUGGGUAGCCGGUUUCACCGGACUCCCGGGCAUCCUCAACCAUCUGAGUCAGGCCGUGACAAAUGGUAUCUACUGGGUACCCCAGAUAGUGGGCGGUGUGGGCUUCAUUGCGAGUGGAUUGCUGUUUACGCUGGAGACGCAGGAAAAAUGGUACAAGCCGGCUUUCCACGUUCUCGGGUGGUACAUUGGAGCGUGGAAUUUUAUCGGGGGUAUUGGAUUCACGCUAUGUGGUGCAUUGGGUCCGGCAAGUCGCAAUUCGGGCGUGGAUUAUCAGGCUACUUUGGCGACAUUUUGGGGGUCGUGGGCUUUCAUGAUUGGAUCUACAUUGCAGUGGUACGAAAGCUUACAGAAGUAUCCCGUGGAGAGAAAACGUGGAUCAAGGUGA